UUUAACUAAGUUGCGAGCAGAGACAGACGUCGAAUUUUUUUUGGCAGCCGAUUAUACAUUAAUGCACAAGCUACUAAGUGAACGAUAGAACAGUGUAUAUUUUUGUAGAUUUGUGUUAUUGUUGUGCGCGUGUGUAUUAGCAAAAUAAAUUAACAAAUAGCUCCAGCAGGCAGCUAAGGAAAGAGAAAAAUACGAAAAACACGUACGCACGUCACGCGGACGGCUAAGAAACAACGACGACAACGAUAAGAAGCAGCAGCAAAACGUAAAACUUUAAAGUUUGUGAAUAAGAAAGCUAGAAGAGAAAAGAGCUUUGCUAAAGCAAUAUAAAAAAAAGUAAAGUAAAGAAAAAAACAACAUGUCAGCCAGCGACGUUGAGACACAGCCGCAACAGGAGACGACAAAUGGAACUGGCAAAUAUGAUGUGCCCGAGAUCGAAUUGAUUAUAAAGGCUUCGACCAUCGAUGGCCGACGCAAGGGCGCCUGCCUGUUCUGUCAGGAGUACUUUAUGGAUCUGUAUCUGCUGGCCGAGCUGAAGACGAUCAGUCUGAAGGUGACCACAGUGGAUAUGCAGAAGCCGCCACCAGAUUUUCGCACCAACUUCGAGGCAACACAUCCACCCAUAUUGAUUGAUAAUGGUCUGGCCAUAUUGGAGAAUGAGAAAAUCGAAAGGCAUAUCAUGAAAUCAAUACCCGGUGGCUAUAAUCUGUUUGUGCAGGACAAGGAGGUGGCCACGCUGAUUGAGAACUUGUAUGUGAAAUUGAAGCUGAUGCUGGUGAAGAAGGAUGAGGCAAAGAACAAUGCGCUCAUGUCGCAUCUGAAGAAGAUCAAUGAUCAUCUGGUUGCACGCAAUACACGUUUCCUAACCGGCGACACCAUGUGCUGCUUCGACUGUGAGCUGAUGCCACGUUUGCAGCAUAUACGUGUGGCUGGCAAGUACUUUGUGGACUUUGAGAUACCGACACACUUGACAGCGCUUUGGCGUUAUAUGUAUCACAUGUAUCAACUGGAUGCCUUUACACAAUCAUGCCCAGCCGAUCAGGACAUUAUCAAUCACUAUAAGCUGCAACAGAGUCUCAAAAUGAAAAAGCAUGAGGAGCUGGAGACGCCGACAUUUACCACAUCCAUUCCAAUUGAUAUUUCGGAGUAGUGUUCUAUCGAGCCAUGCACAGUUAUUAUUAUCAUAUAAUAUACAUAUAUAUAUAACUACCUUUUUUUUGGACAACUUUACACUAGAAGAGCUCCAGCCCUCCCUAUCAACGCAAUCGAUUUGAAUGACAAGCAACUACAACUACAAAGUAUACAAAACAUUUACAUAUAUACACACAUACUAUAUACUUAGCAUAUAUAUAUGCUAGUUAGAGCAUAUAUAGUGGAGCUUAACUUAACCUAAUCUAAACGAGAGUACAUCAACAAACAAAUCUUUAUAUUUUAGCAGCCACCGUUGCCUUUCUUUAAGAGCUAAAAAAUCAUUUGAUUUGUAAUUUGUAAUAAUUUUCACUUAAUUGCCCGCCUGAAUGUAUUUUAUUUU